AUGGCAUCUGCUCUCACCAUCCUCCUCCUUGGCUGCUGGCUGGCCGGGCAGAGCAGGGUGUCAGGAGAGGGGUCCGACCCCAAACCCUCCAUCUCCGUCAGCCCCGGUGGGGUGAUCCCCAUGGGGGGAAACGUCACCAUCCGGUGUUGGCAUCAGCUCCUGGACAUGAGGAUCCUCCUCUACAAGGAUGAAGAUGAGAACUAUCCGAAUUACACAGACCCUGCUGGCUCUGAGGCUGAAUUUCCCAUCACCAGCGCCAGACGGGAACAUGGGGGCAGCUACACCUGUCGCUAUAGCAACAGAACAGGAGAAGUUGCCUACCUGGAGCCCAGCGACCCUGUGCAGAUCAUUGUAGCAGAGCUCAGCUACCCCAAACCCUACAUCUCCCUGCGCCCCAGCGAGGGGGUCACCCUGGGGGGAGCCGUGACCAUCCGGUGUCGGGGUCGGCACCAGAACAUGAGGUUCCUUCUGUACAAAGAUGGAAACCCAAAUAUGCUGCAGGACACGGAGCCUGCUGGGGACAUGGCUGAGUUUCCCAUUCACAAUGUGAGCCGGGGAGACGCAGGGAGCUGCUAUUAUUGCUCCAAAUUGGACCCGUUCAUCUGGUCGCAUCCCAGCGACCCCGUGGAGCUGGUGAUAGCAGAGCUCCCUGUGCCUGGCCCCUCCAUCUCCGUCAGCCCCAGCAGGGUGAUCGCCCCGGGGGGAGCCGUCACCAUCCGCUGUCAGUGUCGGUGCGAGGCCAGGAGGUUAUUGCUGUAUAAAGGUGGAAUCCGAAUCUGGGAUCUGGAUGCUGAUGGGGACGGGGGUGAAUUCACCAUCCCCAGUGCCAGAUGGGAAGACUCAGGGAGCUACAGCUGCCAAUCUCACUCUGGAUCAGAUCCACCCAACUGGUCGGAUCCCAGUGAUUACGUGCGGAUUGUUGUAGCAGAGCUCAGCUACCCCAAACCCUCCAUCUACCUGCGCCCCAGCGAGGGGGUCACCCUGGGGGGAGCCGUGACCAUCCGGUGUCGGGGUCGGCACCAGAACAUGAGGUUCCUUCUGUACAAAGUUGGAAACCAGAAUCUGCUGCAGGACGCGGAGCCGGCUGGGGACAUGGCUGAGUUUCCCAUUCGCAACGUGAGCUGGAGACAUGGAGGGAACUACCGCUGCUCUUAUCGCUCCAAAUCAGACCGGCCUGUCCAGUCUGAGCCCAGCGACCCUGUGGAGCUGGUGGUAGCAGAGCUCAGCUACCCCAAACCCAGCAUCUCUCUGAGCCCCAGCGAGGGGGUCUCCCUGGGGGGAGCCGUGACCGUCCGGUGUCGGGGGCAGCACCAGGGCGUGCAGUUUGUGCUGAAUAAAGAGCGACGCCAUUUCCCACCUGCGGAUUCGGACAGGUCUGAGGCUGUGUUUUCCAGCAGCAACGUUCACCGGGAUCUCGGCGGGAGCUACAGCUGCUCCUAUCACAGCCGAUCGGAGCCGUUCGCCGUGUCGUACCCCAGCGACCCAGUGGAGCUGGUGGUGAGAGAUCCCAGCUUACCCAGACCCUCCAUCUCUCUGCGCCCCACUGGGGUCACCCCCCUAGGGGCAGACGUCACCAUCCGGUGUCAGGGGCAGCGCCGGGACGUGAGGUUUUUCCUGCACAAGACUGGAGACCUGAACCCGCAGCGACACAUGGACCCUGCUGAGGACGGGGCCGAGUUCCGCAUCCCCACCGUGGGCCGGCAGCACGGAGGGAACUACAGCUGCAGCUACCGGCACCGAUCAGAGCCCUUCGUCUCCUCGCAGCCCAGCGACACCAUGGAGCUGGUGGUAGCAGGCGUAUCGGAAUUGCCGGCACCUCCAGGUCUGACCAGCCCCACCAUCGCCGGGGUGAGCGCGGCAGCCGCCGUCCUCCUCCUCCUCCUCCUCCUCGUGGCCUUCGUCUGCUUCAGAAAAAUCCGAGCCAGAAAAGGAGCCGCACCGAGACCAAGCAGCCCCUUGGGGGUGUUGAAGGCCCCAGCUCAGCAAGACCUCGUCUACUCCUCCGUUGAUGAAGGGAAAGAGACACAGACCUUGGAGCCCGACCCCGGCACCGACGGACUCACCUACGCCGAGCUGGACCACCAGCCCGCCCAGCCCAGCGUAUAUGCCACGAUCAACAUGAGCCAGGGUCCCCGCAAACUGGAAUACAUUACUAGUUCGAAAAGUCGCUUUUCUCACCUUUGCCGGCACGAACUGAAGUGCAGCAUCCAAGAGGGAGCCAAAGACCGGCCAUUGGCAUUUUCAAGCGAUAAAAUAGCCAGCGACAUCCGUUUCCCUUUGGCCAUCGUAGAUCACAGAUACGUUUUAAUGAGCCUGAGCUUCGAAAAGCUCCGCUCACCACACACGACUGUGGCCAGAAGGGUCCUUCAGCUCUACAUCACGUGUGUGUUGGAGAACUUGGAGUGGGGAGCAUGUCCAGUGUGGCAAAACAUGACAGAUGUUGUCCGAUUCGACAGAGAGGUCUUUGUCAUUGACGUCCAUACAAUCCCCAUGUGUCAGCGCCUGGUGAAGGGAGCUGUCUUUGCUCUGACCAUGGUAGAUUUGGCUUGGAGAUUGCAGAGAAACCAUCUGAUGGGGAAGAAAGGGGCCGAGCGCAUCACGGGCUUCCUGGGGCUGCAGCCCCUGGCACAGUUCUUCAUUCUGCUCGCACUCGGGCCUCAGGCUUGGCUGCUGGCUGGCCGGGUGGAGCGGGGUGUUGGGAGAUCCCAGCUUACUCAGACCCUCCAUCUUUCUGAGCCUCACUUCGGUCACUACCCUGAGUUCCGCAUCCCCACCGUGGGCCGGCAGCACGGAGGGAGCUACAGCUGCAGCUACCGGCCCCAAUCAGAGCCCUUUGUCUCCUCACAGCCAAGCCACCCCGUGCAGGUGGUGAUAGCAGCAGGUCCCCCAGGGUGCCCAGAUUUCAGCAAUGCCAACAUCGACCGCCUGGUGCUGUGUGCCGUAGUCCUGUUUGUCCUGGGGCUGAUCUUGGCUGAGGCAUAUUACAACCGCCCAAGGGGGGUGCCGAGCCUGGAUCCAGCCAUGCAGAGAAGAGAAUCUCCCCAGGGGACGAGCUGCUGCCCCUUCGGGGGCUGA